UUCAUUUCUAAACUUCUGUUUCUCUUUCUCCGCUGGCGAUUUUGCCCUAAACCUCGUUUGCAUGGUUAAAUGGCUACUUCAAGGGACGUCCGAACCAUCUCUCCAAGCCGUCGUCGGAUAAAGCUAAGAAAUCGUUUUUCUUUGUUUUCCUUGACUUCUUCUCUAGGGAUUUUGGGGAAAAUUGUCGGAUUGUGUGAUUUUUUCAUGUGGAUUCUGUAAGACUUUGUCUGCUCGUGGGUUUUCGAAGAAAAUUCGGGAUUUUCGUGAGAAAAUAUAGAAUCUUGAACUGCAUUAGCGUGGAGGAAAUUGGGAUUGUUCUUUACUUUAUCCACAAACUAGCUGUCCUCCAUUUCGACAUGUCAAGAACGGCAAUUAUCAUGAAAAGCUUCGUUGGUAACAUUUUUCUAAUCUGAUUGAUUAUCUUGCAAUUUUUUACGUUUCAGUCCAUUGUCUCUUUCGGUGUUUUUAAAUUGUACUGAAGCACGAAUCAUACUAUCUUAUAUAAUCCCUAACUCAAUAGCUAGCUUUUUGUUUUGGAUUAAAAAGAAACGCGUGGCUCCCUUUUAUAUGUCUCUCAGCCUGUUAUGAUUCGAAGUUCUUUGAGUUAUUCUGAAGAAAUUGUAAAUUGACAAGUCAAAGCUUCUAUGAAAAGAUGGGUUCUGGCAUAUUUUCUUUCAGUGACAGUCUCCUAGUUAUCAAAAUUAGCCACUGGUCAUGUGGGGAAAUUCUUAUAGGUUUUAAAUGUCCGAUAUGAGAAAUACUAGCUUUAUCCUUUGUAUCUUUUGCACAGUUUCUUCCGAAGUAUUAACAGUCUUUUACGUCUGUUAGGUCUAUUGCCUUUCCAUUGAUUAUCUUGUUGAUGCCAAGUCAGCAGUGGUGAGUAAUCCCUUUAUUUUUAAUCUUUGGUCUAUUCUUGUAAGUAGAGGCUCUGGAUUGUUUGGUGGUACAAUUACCAUUUUCCUUCUCCCCAAGUUUGUGGUAGCUAUUUUUCUGCUUUCAUGUAUGUAGAGCACUGUUUUGAAGGGAAAUUUGACAGUCUCACCGUUUGAGGUCUAGAUUUUUCUCAUAAUGAUAUGGGAAUUCUUUCAACCGAAAGGGGUCAGAGGACAUAAUGACCUUUUGAUUCAUGUGAGAGAUCUCUAACUCAGCAUGAUUUUUUCCCCCAAAGUAUGGAGAGAUUUUGACAUCUGAUAGUAACCAUUUUCCUUCUCCCCGGGUUUGUGGUGGCUAUUUUUACUGCUUUCAUGUAUUUGGAGCACUGUUGCGAAGUGAAGUUUGGCUGCCUUGCAUUAGGAGAUCCAGAUUUUUCUCAUAAUUGUAUGGUAAGUUGUUUGGAUAGCAUGAUUAUCGCACCAAAUAGUCUUUCCAAGUUUUACUCAACAUUUUAUACACCUCGAGGCUGGAUUCUUCUGGAUGCCAAACUAAGGAAGGAGAAUCUGAUCGGGCAAAUCAACUGCAUGUGCAAUUUUCUCUUGCUCAAUUCGAAACCUGGUCAGGGUUGUGGUAGAGCGCUGUUUGGCUGUCUGACAUUAGGAGAUUCAGAGUUUUCUCAUAAUCAUAUGCAGCUGCGUAAAAUGUAUCCUUUUGGUGGAUUUGGCGGAAAAAUGAAUGAUUAUUGGAAGGUAAAUUGUUUGGAUAGUAUGAUUAACGCACAACAAUCAUUCCUCAAUUCGAAGUUUUGUCAGGAUUUUGAAUUCCACGUCCGGUUAUGCUAUUCCCCAAGGAGCUGUCUCUUGAAGAACAAAAGGAAUACCAAGAAAAAGAAAAGUAUCAGCUUGUACCAAGUCAGAGGACUUUAUGACCUUUUGAUUCAGAUAACAGUUCCUAAUGAAUCUGAUAUGUGUUUCCAAAUUGCCUUGAGGCUGGGUAUCUCCAGAGACGAGUCAGGUUCUCAACGUUUCAGCUUGUUUUGGUUUACUUGUUCGAAAAGUGGCCAAUGAUCUCAUCCAUACCAUAUGAUCUUUCAGUGAACAAAGUGAGCAAAGGGAGAUCGACGAAGACAACGUAAUGAUGUAUGGCGGACAACAACAUAACGGCAACACGUAAAUAAGGCAAGGAGACAAUUAGCAAGGAGACACGUACAGAUUUGAUACUGUUGGCAAUUGAAGUUGACUGAAGGCAAUGCUGGCUCGAGUUGGUUUUUCUGGUUUUGUUGGUUUAAUAAGAUUAGCUUGGUUUAAGCUAAGUCAAGAUUUGUUUCAGAUUUGUUUUAGUUUUAAAUGUUGGUUAGAGGAUCUUUUGCAACAGAUCUCAUCUGUUUUCAGGUUUUAUUUAAAGCUGUAAUACUUGAUCAUUUUUUGAAUAAGAAGAUGUUGGGAUUCCUGGGAUCUCAUGAGCGAAUCUAAUUCCUAAGAGAUCG